GGCCAACUGGGGAGUUCACUGGAAGGAGAAGCCCAGCAGGGUGAAGACACCAACCUGUCAUGGCCUUGGCCCUGAAUCCACCCCGGUUCCCUAAGCACAGGGGUGUCCUGCCAUCACACUACUAUGAGAGCUUUCUGGAGAAGAAGGGGCCCUUGGACCAGGUUUACCAGAAAUUCUGGGCAGGCCUCCAGGGUCUCAACAUCUAUUUCUACAAUAGCAAUCGGGACUGCCAGCAUGUGGAGAAAUUAAAUCUGGGGGCAUUUGUGAAGCUCAGGGAUGAGGCUCCCAGUGGAAGCUCAUGUGACCCUGGAACCCACUUCAGCCUGGUCCUCUGGAACCAGGAGAUCAAGUUCAAGGUAGAGAGUCGGGAGUCUCGAGAGAUGUGGAAAGGCUUCAUCUUGAUGGUGGUGGAGCUCCGUGUCCCGUCCAAUCUGAACCUCCUCCCCGGACAUCUGUACAUGAUGGCUGAAGCCCUGGCCAAAGAAGAGGUGCGCCGCGCGCUCGAGAUACCCACGUGCUUCCUGAAGGUGAGCCGGCUGGAGGCACAACUGCUCCUGGAGCGCCACCCCGAGUGCGGAAACCUGCUGCUUCGGCCCAGCGGGGACGGCACUGACGGAGUGUCGGUCACUACACGGCAGAUGCUCAACGGGACGCACGUGGUCCGGCACUACAAGGUGAAGCGAGAGGGCCCCAAGUACGUGAUCGAUGUGGAAGAGCCGUUCUCCUGCACCUCACUGGACGCGGUGGUCAACUAUUUUGUGGCACACACCAAGAAGGCGCUCGUGCCCUUCUUGCUGGAUGAAGACUAUGAGAAGGUGCUAGGCUACGUGGAAGCGGAUAAAGAAAACGGCGAGAGUGAGUGGGUGGCGCCCUCCACCCGGUGCCCAGGUCCUGCAUCACCUACAAGUGGCCCCAAGCUGCCACCUCCUGCAUCCAUGCCUAUGUCCAGCCAGGACAAGCUGCCUCCAUUACCUCCCCUGCCCACGCUACUGAACCAGGAGGAGAACUAUGUGACCCCCAUUGGAGAUGCCCCAGCUGCUGACUAUGAGAACCAGGAAGUGUCUUCCCCCAGUCGGCUGGUUAUCCCAAAGCCCAAGAAGUUGGCAAAAGUUCAAGCAAAGCUUCCAAAACCACCUACUGCACCAAAGCCAGAGUUUAAAGUCCUGAACUAUGGCCCCACAAGGAAGCCAGCAGUCAGCUUAGCUCAGCCUUUCUUCUCCACAGCAGGGCUGGCAGACGUGACGGCUGAGCUGCAGAAAAAGCUCCAGAGGCGGCUGGCAUUGGAGAAGUGACUUGGACGUGCCAGGAGACCAGUGGGCCAGUUUUGGGGCACCACACAGCAGGCAGCUGCUUUCUCCCAGGAUUAAAACCCAAGUGACCCCAGGA